AUGUCCACCGUUUCGCUCAGACGUGUGCCGAGUUAUGCACACGCGCGUCCAGCCCGCUUUCGCAUCACGCAUUUUAUAAGUUUUCGGCGCAUAAUGACACGCAUGCCCAUAACAUACUCUUAUAUAUACUUUCGCCUAAAUUUUCGUUUUUUUCGUGUUUUAUGCUUUCUGUUAUUACUCUAUAUCUUUUUAUUUCUGGAUUGUGUCCUCCUCUUCCUAUUGACAUUCCCUUCUUUCUUCCUUUCUUUAUUUUACAAGGUUUUCUUCUCUAUGACUCUAUCCUUGUUUUUUUUCUUUCUUUUUAAAAUUGUCCGUCCCGUUCUUUCUUUCUUUCACUCUUUUUCCUUCAAGUCAUCCUCUUCUAUAGCUGUAUAUUUUAUAACCUAUGUUUGUCUCUUUCCCUUCUAUGAUUUUUUCCUUUUCAUUUAUUCAUUCAUUUCAUCCUUCCUUCCUUCUUUCCUUCCUUCCUUCCUUCCUUCCUUCCUUCCUUCCUUCCUUCCUUCCUUCCUUUCAUUCUAUAACGGCGUGUUUUUCUUUUUCGCUUUUAUAAAUGUGCAUUCUUUCUUUUUUCGUUCUUUCCUUUUCUGUUUUUCUUUUUCUUUCUCUCUAUCUUUCUUUCUUUAA